ACUUUGCCAGGCACUGUUCUAAGUUCUUUGUAAAUAUUAACUCAGAGGGACAAAUGUUAACUUAAGAGUUGUUGGCACAGGUUGAAUACUGUUACUUAUCUCCGCUCUCCAGGAAAAAAACAAAAAAACGCGCCCCUGGUCCUUUAAGAUCCCCACCCCCAGGCAAAUACCCUAGCACAGUUCCGGGGGCUUGGAUACAACCACUGCUUCCGGUCUUCUCACAGGCUCCACCCCGUUUAAUCAAAUCCCAGAAACCCCGAGGGCAAAAGGCCUGGGUGCUAAGCAACGGAAGAGAGCGGGAAGUUUGAACAUUCUGGCGACGCCCCGUUUGAAAAUAGGCCAAUCAACGUCCAUCCUUUUCAACGACUACAUCCCUCUCGGGUCUCUCCCACCAAUAGUGACUAAAGGGGUGGGGCGUGUGCAAGCGCUGGCGCGCUUAUCCCGCAGGCCCGUGGCUGUUAGUGACGCGAUCUCGCGCUCGUCGUGGUCCGAGUGACAGAAAAGGCGGGAAAACCCCACAAAUUGUGCGCAAGUGGGGUGGGGAAGUUGAGAAUGUGGAGCUCAGGUUAUGGGGGCGUGGUCUGUGGACGUGGGGGCGUGGCUGGCUAGGACUGGAAGAGCAGGCUUGCACGGCUUUCCUCACUGACCCCUCAGACCGUCUCCAUCAAAAUACACCCUCUACGUGACAGAAAUGGGGGGUUUCCAUAGUCCAUGCGUCAGUGAAAUACCUGAGGUCACCUCUCAAAAUGCCCCACAAAUCUUGAAAACGAUGUGACUUAUUUCUCGCCUCAGCCCUCUCCCAGACUUCUCAGUGAAUUUGCACUUGGGCGCGGCGCCCUUGCCAACUAACUCAGGGUGAACGCUCGCUCAGGAACCGCUAUUAUUUUCCGCAUCCUCAGAGCCUCCCCGGCCAUGGCCUUAGUCGGAGCUACCACAGGCGGGACGCCGCAGGGACUGGGAUCCGAGGCGUCAGCGACCAGCUUCCCCAGCGCAACCCCAGUGCCGGGCCCUGGGGAGGCAGAAGAGGAUGACCCGGAGGAGCCAGCGGAGAUCCAUCUCUGUGUGCUGUGGAAUUUAGGCCACUUGGGCAUUGCCUACUAUGACACUAGUGACUCCACCAUCCACUUCAUGCCAGACGCCCCAGACCACGAGAACCUCAAGCUCCUCCAGAGAGUUCUGGAUGAAAUCAAUCCCCAGUCUGUUGUUACGAGUGCCAAACAGGAUGAGAAUAUGACACGGUUUCUGGGGAGGCUUGCCUCCCAGCAACGGAGAGAGCCGAAGAGACCUGAAAUCAUAUUUUUGCCAAAUGUGGAUUUUGGUUUGGAGAUAAGCAAACAGCGCCUCCUUUCUGGAAACUACGCUUUCAUCCCAGACUCCAUGACCACCACUGAGAAAAUUAUCUUCCUCUCCUCCAUCAUUCCCUUUGACUGUCUUCUCACGGUUCGAGCACUUGGAGGGCUGCUCAAGUUCCUGGGUCGAAGAAGAAUCGGGGUUGAACUGGAAGAUUAUAACAUCAGCAUCCCCAUCCUGGGCUUUAAGAAAUUUGUGUUGACCCAUCUAGUGAGCAUAGAUCGAGAUACUUACAGUGUUUUGCAGAUAUUUAAGAGUGAGUCUCACCCUUCAGUGUACAAAGUGGCCAGUGGAUUGAAGGAGGGGCUCAGCCUCUUUGGAAUCCUGAAUAGAUGCCGCUGUAAAUGGGGAGAGAAGCUGCUCAGGCUGUGGUUCACACGUCCAACUCAUGACUUAGAGGAACUAAAUUCUCGUCUGGAUGUCAUUCAGUUUUUCCUGCUACCCCAGAAUCUGGACAUGGCUCAGAUGCUGCAUCGGUUGCUGGGUCACAUCAAGAAUGUGCCUCUGAUUCUGAAACGCAUGAAGUUGUCCCACACCAAGGUCAGCGACUGGCAGGUUCUCUACAAGACUGUGUACAGUGCCCUGGGCCUGAGGGAUGCCUGUCGCUCCCUGCCCCAGUCCAUCCCGCUCUUUCGGGACAUUGCCCAAGAGUUCUCUGAUGACUUGCACCAUAUCAUCAGUCUCAUUGGCAAGGUGGUGGACUUUGAGGGCAGUUUUGCUGCAAAUCACUUCACAGUCCUUCCCAGCAUAGAUCCUGAAAUUGAUGAGAAAAAACAAAAGCUGGUGGGACUUCCCAGCUUCCUCACUGAGGUCGCUUGGAAAGAGUUGGAGAGUCUGGACUCCCGCAUUCCUUCAUGCAGUGUCAUCUAUAUCCCUCUGAUAGGCUUCCUUCUUUCUAUUCCCCGCCUGCCUUCCAUGGUGGAGGCCAGUGACUUUGAGAUCGAGGGACUGGAGUUCAUGUUUCUCUCAGAGGAGAAGCUGCACUAUCGCAGUGCUCGAACCAAGGAGCUGGAUGCAUUGCUGGGGGACCUGCACUGCGAUAUCCGGGAUCGGGAGACCCUGCUGAUGUACCAGCUGCAGUGUCAGGUGCUGGCACGGGCAGCUGUCUUGACCCGGGUGUUGGACCUUGCCUCCCGCCUGGAUGUCCUGCUGGCUCUUGCCAGUGCUGCCCGGGACUAUGGCUACUCAAGGCCCCAUUACUCCCCCCAACUCCUUGGAGUGCGAAUCCAGAAUGGCAGACAUCCUCUGAUGGAACUCUGUGCCCGAACCUUUGUACCCAACUCUGCAGAAUGCGGUGGGAACAGAGGGAGAGUCAAAGUCAUCACUGGACCCAACUCCUCAGGGAAGAGCAUAUACCUCAAACAGGUCCAUGCCAUUCCCCACUGUGCCCCUGCUGACUUCCUGUCCCUCUCUACAGAUCCUAAAGUAGGCCUGAUCACAUUCAUGGCCCUGGUGGGCAGCUUUGUACCAGCAGAGGAAGCUGAGAUCGGGGCAGUAGACGCCAUCUUCACCCGAAUUCAUAGCUGCGAGUCCAUCUCCCUGGGCCUUUCCACUUUCAUGAUCGACCUCAACCAGGUGGCAAAAGCAGUGAACAAUGCCACGGAGCAGUCCCUUGUCCUUAUGGAUGAAUUCGGCAAGGGAACGAACACGGUAGAUGGACUUGCACUUCUGGCUGCUGUGCUCCGACACUGGCUGUCACUUGGUCCCAUGUGUCCCCACAUCUUUGUGGCCACCAACUUUCUGAGCCUCUUUCAGCUACAGCUGCUGCCACAGGGGCCCCUUAUGCAGUAUUUGACCAUGGAGACCUGUGAGGAUGGGAAUGAUCUUGUCUUCUUUUAUCGGGUUUGCGAAGGUGUUGCCAAUGCCAGCCAUGCCUCCCACACAGCUGCCCAGGCCAGGCUUCCUGACAAGCUCAUUUCUCGUGGCAAGGAGGUCUCAGACUUGAUCCGCAGUGGAAAACCCAUUAAGCCUAUCAAGGAGUUGCUAAAGGAGAAGCAAAUGGAAAAUUGCCAGACAUUAGUAGAAAAGUUUCUGAAACUGGAUUUGGAAGAUCCCAACCUGGACCUGGAGAUUUUCAUGAGCCAGGAAGUGCUGCCUGCGGCCACCACCAUCCUCUGAGUCCUUCCUCUGCCCCCUCCACUUCCCAAGCCCCUGUGGGCUGCCAUUCCCUCUUCAUUUCAUUAUUAUUUUCUAACCCAGAGUUCUCAGUUUCUCUGGAAAUUUUGUUUCAUAUUAGGAAUAAAGAUAUUUUU